GCGAGGAGAGACAAACAACCAUUCACACCCACUCCGUCACUGAGCGGGAACUGAUACCGCGCUUCCAGGACACAGGUCAGGCGAGUCAACCAAGACACCAUCAGCGUCUUUACUAGCUUAUUGCAGACACUAAAUAGCAUAUUAUACGAUGCUGUAUGAUCAGCCUUUUAGCAAUGGAUUGAACAAAUGGUGCAGCAACACAUGUAGAUAUCUAUCCAUCCAUCCAUCCAUUUUCUAAUCCACUUCUCCUCACAAGGGUCGCGGGUGUGCUGCAGCCUAUCCAAGCUGUCUCCGGGCAGCAGGUGGGGGACACCUUGAAUUGGUCGCCAGCCAACCGCAGGGCACACAUAGACAAACAACCAUUUGAGCUCACACUCACACCUAGGGACAAUUUAGAGUGUUCCAUUAAUCUGCAGCGUAUGUUUUUGGAAUGUGGGAGCAAACCGAAGUACUCAGAGAAAACCCACACAGACACGGGGAGAACAUGCAAGCUCCACACAGGAAGGCCAGAGUCGGAAUCGAACCCUGCACUCCUGCACUCUGAGGGAAAUGUGCUAACCAGUCAGCCACCGUGAUAUGGAUAGGCAAUUUAUCAGUAGCCGUCACAUUUUCUUUGUCCUCUGCAUUGAACAAUUAAUAUUAAUGUCGUACUGAUCAGCUGAGAGGAGUUGAGACUUCUCAAUGAUCAGUAUAUCCAUCUGUUUUAUACUGUCCCGAAAAACACAAAGUGAAAAAAUGACCAAGCAGCGGCUCGUAACUUGAAUAACUUUAAGUUGACGGACAUGGAAGUCAACAUACCCCUAUAAUUCAUUUAAUUUUGUGUAAAUGAUUUGCAUUACUCCUUUGCCAGAAGUAGAAGAAAUCUCAUGCGAGAAUUUCCCACCCUUUUGCCACUCAACGGCUCUUGAAACUGCUGAAUUCUUCCUGAUUUGAGGGAUGUGACUGUGAAGCAGGGCUGGAUUUCAUAUGGCAAAGCUCAAUAUCGGUUAAUAAAUAAUGGCGAAAGGGUACAAUGAGUAGGAAAAGAACUAUAUUAGUGUUAUCUCCUUAAUGAGACAACAUUAAUUUUGAACUCAAGGUCUGGCAGAAAGCAAGCUGAUUUAUGGCCUCCCUUUAACUUCCCUGAAAUUAGUCUAAUUACCCAGAGGACGGCGAGCUGCUUGUCGCUGCAUAGGAAGCCCAUUGUGCACUAGCUUCAUUUAUCACACCCCAGGUCCAGAUGAUUGUGUGAUGUGCUGCAGGCCUUCUCAGGGAAGCUGCAGGCUGAAUCAUUCAGUGGUGUGUUGAAUGUUCCGUUGCUAUAACUGGCUUGACUGAAUGAAGUUCCUGAGUGGAUAAUAUACAGUGGACCCCCGUUUGUCAUCUCAUGCUGUUCACAAUUUGAUUUAUUGUCUGCUGAGGCAUGGCAUCCCACCCAUCUUGAAGGGCAGGCCUCAAGUCGUUUGAGGUUCUGGGGAGUUUUGACCCUCUACACGGUGACUCGGCUGCAUGGCAGAAUCACUAUCACUGAAUUAAUAAUGUUAUUCAAGUAGGAUGGGCUUGUCACUGCACCAUUCACAAAAUGUCGGGCAGUUCUGCAUCGACUGGACACGCACUGUAACACCGUCACCACCAAAAGCUCGUCUUGUGACGACAGUGGCUAAUGCGUAGCGCUCUCGAUGUCUCAAAUAUUGUUGGCGGCUAUCAUUUCUGCUCAAGGUAAAUUGACUUUCAUCAGAGGACAGCAUUGAGGCCCACUGGUCUCUCAUCCAGCAUAAAUGCUCCCUGGCCCAUGCAAGGUGAUGAAGACUUUUGGUGGUGCCUCGCACCUCCCUUCAACGUGCUUGGUGUUGAGUGGCAUUCAUCAUCCGGUUUCUCAGUGCAUUGUUCAAAAUGUAGCGGUCAUCAGCAUGGGAUUUGGCCAAAAGACCUCCUUUUCUACAUGUUUCUGUGCCUCUUCCAGUCUCACGAUAUCUCUUUUGCAACUUACUGAUGAAACUCUGUCACACUCUCAGUUCAGUGGCCACUUCAGUCCGAGAACAUGCUGUUUGAAGCACCGCAAUGAUCUGUUGAUCCAUUGGUUGGUAUUGUCUCAGUCUUGUGAUGUCAAAGGGUGAACAGAAAGAUGAAGACGAUUUUUUUAACACCAACUCGAACGGAACCAGGACAUUUACUGGUUGAUUCAAUGGUUAAACGUGUGUUAAGAAUUUUACCGGUAAGCUCCUCGCUAGAGAACAGCAACUUGUGCAAAAAGUACUGAAACAGUUGGACAUGUGCAUUCAAAAGCUCACCUGAAAGCCAAAUAUCUUUUUUUUGAUUUAGUGUGUAAAACAGAACUUUUUUUUUUUUUUUUUUGCAUGGAUGAUAUUUUUAAACAGAACAUUUUACUCAUGUAGUCCUGUCAGGUUAUAUUGACCGUUAUAUCAUGUAUGACAAAUUUUGAAAUGUUUUUUUGGGGGGGAGAGAGAUUCACAAACUCCCCCUCUUUGUGGUUUUAUUCAUCCACUGUCAUAGCAUUUGUCUUUCAAGGCCCGCGGCUGGAAGUCAGACAGUUGGAGAGCAAAGCAGGAUCAGUUUUCGGGCAGGUCACAUUAUCUCUUUGCCGCGGUAAUGAUUGAAAAAUCAGCCUGUAAUUGCUGAUAGGCCCUGUAAUAUUUCAGUUAACUUCUGUUGGCGGCAAGGUUUACUGACGCAUAACUCUUCGAUAAACCGCCGCUUUGUAGGGCCGGCGUGUCUCUUUGAACCGAUCGUGUUCUCACGGUGAGAAAGGUGUGCGGGCGUAGACGGAGUGGUGCGCAGAGUUCAAGAGGGCAUGCGUGAAAGUGGAACAAAAGCAUGUAAUGAGGGAUUUAGGCUGUCAAAAUGAAGCUCCCGGUGAAAGGGUGCAAAGCCAUGUUUGAUGAUGAUGAUGAUGAUGAUGAAUGUUUGUUACGGCAUUCUAGUUGACUGACCUCUGGGAUGGGUCACAACUAAAUCACUUUACUGUCAUUUUGAGCCAGUUGGACUUUUGUUAGCUUUUUGACAAUCGAGUCAAGGCAGAGGUUGCAGACAUACGAGUUCACGUAACUCGCUGAGUGAAGAAAGCUAUUUUGGAUUGAGGAGAUGGUAAAGUUAAAAAUAACAUACUGUGACUAUUUCUUUUUUUGAUGAAAAUAACAUGUUUUUCUGACUUUUUACCAGUCAAAAAAAGAAAAAAGAAUUACACAAACGCUGUUACUUUGUGAUUAGAUGGUCAAGGGCGUCAAGGCAGAACUUUGCACCCAGUGUAAAGGCUUUUCGCUCACAAAACACCUUACUAGUCUCAAAAUAGAUUUACCUUCAAGCUAUGGCAGCACAGAACGAUCCCGGAGUGAGUGAGUUUGUGUUUGCUGUAAUGUCAUAUUUCGUGGAUCUGAUCAUUGACGUCAUUUAUCGAUCACGCAAAUUAUGGCAUCAACAAUUUUGCAUACAAUGAAAACGAUCGACCAAAUUUGAUGCACUCGAUCAAAUGUUCUCUUUGUUCUUUCUCAUAUGACAAAUCAGCGCACCAGCAGAACAACUAAGGGGCACUAGUAGUACAACUCUGUCUCAUCAGUAAAGUUUUUGUUCCACUAUUGUGUGACAUUUACACACUGGAUUGACAAUGUUCCUAAACUAAAGUACAAGUGGGCAGUUUGGUGCUACUUGUAGGGUCAGGAAUGUCAGUAGUGCAUGACGUAUGCCCAGGGCCGUGACAUUGAGAAUUCUGGGAAAUAAACGGCCGCGGAACAGGGACGGCCCAAAUCAACAAAUAGGUUUAGGGCACAGUACUUUCCUGCAUAUGCCUAUUAGCACGGCAGUUUUUUAUUCAAGUACAAUUUUACCCAAUUUUUAAGUACAGUGUCUAUGUUUAAACUGUGGACGCACAUACACACACACAUAUAUGUGUGUCGAUUUAGAUAUACUGUAGAUUUAUGACAUUUGCAAUGCUGAUGAGCCAUUGGGUCCAGCCAUUGUUGGGAAAUGCAAUUGACGCUGGAAGAAGAGGCGCCUGCCCUCACAGCCUCUGAUUCAAUUUAAUUUGGGGGCUGCUGUUGACAGGCCCGGGUGAAGGAUGUCACCUUUCUCUGACCAUUCAAAUUACUUUCCAAUCGUAAAAACAAGCCAGGGGGAUUUGGGGGAGGAAGACGUUGCGAGGCGCACUAAAUUCUUCGGGGCAAAUUACCCAUGUUUGAGCAGCAAGGAGGUAAUCUGCUGAUAGAGAGCAGAGGGCAAGAGACACGGAAGGUUACGAUGGCAAAAAGGCGGGUGGGGAGGUGCAGGGGGGCUAAGAGGGCGGACUUGCUUCAAGCUUCAAUUUUCUGGAGGUCGGCUCCACUCAUGGCUCAUGAUAGAUAGAAGAAAUGUAGAACCUCAGAACCGUUGGCUUCAAUACGAAUCAUUUUCCAUGCACACAUCAUGUUAUGGGUCAAUUUUGACCCAAUCCAAGAAUAUCCUCAGAAUAAUUGUCAAUGGAUGAUGGAGGACAGAGCUUUUCAAAAUGUACAACUAAGCAGUCUGACAGUUAUUCACAGACACGCUGCGCAGUGGACAUGCAUUAUCAGAAAACGUGAGCAUGCUCAUGAGUGACCCUUCGUCCGCAUUUAUCUCUCACUCCCUCUCUCUCACUCGCACACAUUACAAAUUCAGUGUUAUAUGCACUUAUGCCAUUUAAAGUCAAUUAGACAAAAGGCUUAGUUUUCAAAGAGUUGUCGGCGGCGCGUGAGGGCACUUUUCGAAACGCAAUGGACCCUCCCAGCCUCUGCGCUAUGUUUCAGAUUGUAUUAGAGCUCAACAAGCCAGGCCCCAUAAACUGUCACACGCUUGAGUUGGCCGUUAUUGAACAGAACAAAAUGGCUGUCUCAUGCUCCAGGUUGCCCUGAGAACCGUUACGAUGCACGCGCAACAGAAUGUGGCAAAACUUUCGAGGACCGUGGCAUGCGUCUCAUAUUUGGGGUAAAUUUUAACUCUGGAAAGUCAUAAUAGGCUGCAUAAUAUGACUCUUGUGCCAAGUGGAAGAUAUGGCCGGUUGUAGCAAACAAGUCUUGCAAGAUCCAAAAUUCAUUUUUAACAGAUGCUCCCGCUCCUUUUUUCUGUUUAAAAUGGCAUUAGUUCACAUUAAGCUAAUUAACUUAUAGCCUCUUGCGUGGAGUUAUGCUUUUAUAUGGUCUGUGUGCAAUGCUAGGUCAUAAAAUUUAAUGGCUUCUUGGAUGACCGUGAGAAUGAAAGGAGCCGUUAAUAUAAAUGAUUUAAAAACUGCACAUGGUGUACUUUCUUUGCUGCGUCCUCCAAUCAGCAAUUUUGGGGGCCUCGGGGUGUUUGCAUCACCAUAAAUUUGAUGUCUUUGUUAGCUACUCCAUACUGACUGUGAAAAUCUGUUUGACCAAUCUCUAAAGAUGUGCAAAUACAAAAUCACUUUUUAAAUACUUUUUUUUUUAAUCAUAUUUUCGGGAGGCUACCUCAUUUGGCAACUUUGGGUUUAAAUAUAUUCAAAGUGGUCCUCAAUUAUGAUGAAAUGCAGCUCUACAUCAUUGGAAAGUACAGUACAGCCAUAAGAAUAAAUAUGUUUUAUGCAAUUUCUGUAGAAAUGUGCGAAUGCAGAAUAGGUGACGCCAAAUUGAAAUGUUCUAGAAUUUGUUGUUGAAAUGUUAACGGUGAGACUUGAAAUUGAAAUGGUUUGAAUCAGUUGAGAAAUGUGGGAGGAGUAGAUGUGUAAACUAAUUCAUGUUCCUCAAUUUAAUUAAUUGUCACUGUGUAAAAUUGGGGCCUUUGGAGAUGUGAUUAACAGCUCCCAAGAUUUUCGAAUGAGCUGAAUAGAUUGAUGUUGGAAUGGUUGGUUUCAACGGGCAGAGAAAAUGUUUAAGGAAGAGAUGAAUAUGAUCAAGAUCAAUUUAUUUUGGAAUCCUAUUGUUAUAAUUUGGGGAUUUAGGAAAUGUAAUAAAUUGUUCCCAAGAUGUGAUGAAUGAGAUGGAAUGGUUUAGGUUGGUCAAGAAAUGUGGAAGAAGAAGUUUAAUGUGUAAAUAUCUUAGAUUUGGAUAGUUCAUUGUGAAAACUGGGGCGGAUGCAGGAUGCAUAUUCAUAGAAAUGGUUUCCAAGAUGUUCAAAAUGAACUGAACAUUUGGAAUGGGACAGAGUUAACUUAUUUAUUGAACGUCUCAUUUACCUCGAUUGUUUUUUUUGUGUGUGUGUGCGCGCAUGUGUGUGUGUGUGUGCUUGAAAAAUUGGUAUUUUUGGGGAAAGUGCUGAAAGUUAUUCCUUACACAUCCUGAAUUUUAUGACGUUUGAAGUUCAAUUUGAAUCCAUUAAAAAAUGUGGAAGGAGAAACACUGUGGAUUACAAUAAAACGAUUUUUUGUGUGCAUAAUAACAUACUGUCAAGUCUGUCAGUGUUAUUCAAGACCAAACAUUUUUAUCUUUAUAAAGGCAGAAUGUGCUGCAUCAAGGGGCUGUGCAGAUAAUGCCUUUAAUGACCUUGUGGCCAGUUAGUGUGCAAUCUCAUGAUAUAGACAUCUGACAGCAACGUUAUAUACGGUACCGCAGUGCAACUAACAGGAGCCUAACAAUUGACUAAUUAUCUUAAUGUAGCCCUGCAAGCUUUGAUGCAGUUGAAGGUGUUUGCAGGCAGGACAAGGGUUGGACAUUACCUCACUCACAAUGCUUUCUUUGGGGGCGGGGGGGGGGGGGGGGGGAGAGAAACGAGCGGGUAAUUAGCUGAUUAGAGGCCCGUCAGAGCCAAUCCCGGCCGGCCCCCACCCAGACCUGCAGGGCUGGAGGGCGGAUUGACAGACGGAUGGAGACAGAGAAGGAGCCGGAGAGAGGGAGGGAGGUAGGAAGGAACCGUGUUGACUGGAGAAUUCAGGUUGAAGACGGACACUGUCCCAUUCAGCACACUUAAUAAACUCAAUCUGCAAGACGGUAGAGGGAACAGAGUGAUCUGCGGGCAGGAAUUACUUCAACGUGACAUAUGCGUUCGUUAAAUUGCCUUAAUAGGAGGUGAAUGAAAGCGAUCUGCAGGUGUGCACCCGCUGCAAAUUUAUUGACUUCUUUCCAACUCCUCAUGGAGAAAUCGAAAAACUUUCGCAUCGACGCCCUGCUCGCGGACGAGCCCAACCGGGCCAGCCGAGACGUAUCCCCGGGCCUGAGUUGCGACAGUCCGACUGGGAGCCCCGUGGCCUGCCGCCGCGGGGACACGCCGUCUCCUCGGGCCGCCGCGCAGCUCCACGCGUCGGGAAUGAUCCCCAAAGCAAGCGUCCUCAAUCUCACGCACACGGCACUGGCGUCCAUGCCCCAGGCUGCCAUCCCGGGCAUUUACCCAGCACCUAUGUACCCGUUGUCGGCUCUGGGUGGCCAGCACCCUGCCUUCGCUUACAGCGGCUUUACGCAGCUGACUCACGUCUACCCGGAACACCUGAAGGCGGCCGCGGCCAUGGCGGGCUCGGUGCCACUGGAGCACUGGAUCCGGGCGGGGAUUAUGAUGCCAAGACUGCCAGAUUACAGCGGCCCUCAGUCUGGUCUGCUGGGAAAGUGCCGAAGGCCUCGCACGGCCUUCACCAGUCAACAGCUGCUGGAGCUGGAGAACCAGUUCAAACUCAACAAGUACCUGUCCAGGCCCAAACGUUUCGAAGUGGCCACCUCUCUUAUGUUGACAGAAACGCAGGUCAAGAUCUGGUUCCAAAACCGGAGAAUGAAGUGGAAGCGGAGUCGGAAGGCCAAGGAGCAGGCCAGUGCUUCUGGCCUGUCUGAAGCUGGUGGAAAAACAUCCAGUAACAAACCCGGCGAGAAAAGGCCUCAGCAUGCAAAUCCAGAGGACUGUGGUGUGGAUCUACUCUUGGAGGAUGGUGAUGAAGAAGAAGAAGAGGAGGAAGAAGAAGAAGAGGAGGAUGAGGAGGAGGAAGAACCUCAGCACGGUUUUUCAGUGGUUAUGGGGAACCGAGUUGGGAUACCGAGAUCCAUGGACUUCAUGCGGCGCAGCGCGGAUGUGGGCUUCACCCCUCACAGCCCUUUCACUGAGGACGAACUAGACGGAGUGCAAGCGGGGGGAGGAGGAGGAGGAGAUAGGAAGAUGGUCGCAGGACUGUGAGAGGACUGGACAUUUGAUGUCAGGGACACUCAUUUGAAGGCAGAGGCCACAAUUGUGAACAAACAGAACAUUUGUUGUUAACCCUUAAAUGCUGUUCAUUUUUCAUGCACUCAUAUCAUACAAUAUCCACUUAAUAAUUGUCUGGAUGAAAGUAUGACCUCCAGAUCUUUUCAAACUAUAGUAAUAGCCGCUCUAGUAUUAAUGAAUGGAUGAUUAAUCCUUAAAAAAAACUGUUUCAGAGAAAAGGAAAAAUGUAUUUUAUUGCCACUGUUUUGAGAUUUCACCCAUGACCCUUCAAAAACAAACUGGUGCUUCACUAGGAUCCUUGUAAAAUGUGGUGAGACACAGCCAGUUCUCUAGACUGUUUCAAACGCUCCCAUGAACAUCAUCCCACUGUCUCUUAUAAAUACACAUAUAUGUCUAUGUAUCUAGAUAUCUAUACAUAUGUACAUAUAUAUGUGUAUAUUUACGUACACAUGCGGUGUAUAAAUCAUGCGACUAAUUACAAUUAAAAAUUGUAAUCGACUAACAACCUUGUGUGGUGUCCUCUGGAAUCACCGUCAACACUGUCCCAUAUACGGUAUGUACACACAUUUACCUCAUUCGGACUGUUUCGAAACCCCCGUGAACCUUCAAUGGCUAACAGUUGCAUGUUUUUGCGGAAAACUGUGAAAAUGUGGUGGUGGUUACACAAGCAGUUCUCUGCAGCAUUUCAAAUUUUGUAGCACUUAUGAAUGACAUUUAGAAAUAUGACUCUUUUGUGUUUGUGGGUGACUUUAGGAACAUUAUCAGGGUGAGAAGAAUACAUUUAGGGUGCGUUUCUUGCUGGCAAAUGUCAAAACAAUUCAAAUUUGACCUAACGUAUGUAAAGGUUAACAACGCAUGGACUUAAUGCUGUUUCCUUCUUGACGAAAAUAUAAAAGUACGGCCACAUGCAGACGCAACCCAAAAAACUAGUUUGUGACUCAAGUCAUCAAAAUACUUGACAUCAUUGCCGCGCUCAAGUCAACUUGUCGCCUCCUGACACCUUUGUAAUCAUCGCCGGGGACCAUGUACCGGUAAUCUAGAAUCACAAGUUGUCUAUAAAAGUACACAAAAAGAUACUUUAAGAGUAACCAAUGGUGCUGUGACUUCCAAACCUUUCAGGUUUUGGCACCACGCGUUUAGAUGCAUUUCAUUCAUUUUCAAUGUGAUGUUGCACUUUCACCUGUUUACUUCUCAAGGUUUUCCCCUUAUUGUGAGGAAAUGAAUUUAAUUGAUUUGUUAUAAAAAUAAACCAUAAUGUAUUUAUCGGACACUUGUUUGUGGUUUUAACAAUUAAAAAAAUGUUUUGUGUUGAGAAAUGUUUGCAAUAAAUACACUUGACUGGACCGUUGUCAAGGGGACAGAAAAAUGACUGGUCAUUUACUUUUAAAAAUGAACGCUGCAUAUUGCUUAUUGUUUCUGUGGACAGUGUGUUAAUAUUCUAAAGAUCUCCAAUUGAGAAACCACACGGCACAUUCAGAUGCUGUACAAAAUAGAAUCUAGUGGCUAUACUUUAGCUCUGUAUGCAUGUUUAUAUUGUGUCAGCAGGUCAGUUGGAUUCUUUGGGAUACAGCGUUUGUGAGAAAACUCAGGAAAUAAAGUUGAUCAGCUGAUCAAAU